GUUUUAAGAUAGUACGUUACGUGUGGUCACGCUCGAUAGAAAUUUGUCUCCGAUCCAAUGAAUUUAGCAUCCAUUGACAAUAUCAUACGUGGGGCUCGACUUCAGACAUCAUCAAAUGACUCGAGUUAUCAAAAUUUUUUGGAUCGUUUAGUUUUGCCUGGAAUGGUUUUUGAAUUAUCUGGACCUUAUGAUGGGCCUGUAUCAUGGUCUAUUGGUCCAGGUCUUGUCUGUGUGCCGAUGUCUAGAAUGAAACCUGGAGUGGGGAAAAACAAAAUGGUGGAUUCGAUUUUAGUAAGACAGUUCGGAAUCUUAAAAUUCAAAUGUAAGAAGUUGGAAGGAACAGACUCAACGGAUACAAUCAAGCGUUUUAAACUCGGAAAUUCAUUGAGUGAUUUGAGAUCAGAAAAUUUCAUUUGGGUAGAAUGCCUUGUGUCUAAUGGUUCAGUAACUACAUUACUUCCACUUACUCGUCUCUCAUACCGUUGUCAUGUGGGACAGUUUCAACCAGAGGACAAGGUUAUUGGUGUUGUAAUGAAAAAAGCUGGUGAAUCGUUUGUAGUUGAUAUAGGUUGUGCUUCUCCGGCUAUUCUCAAUUACUUAUCAUUCGAAGGUUCUUCCAAAAAGAAUCGUCCUGACAUUAAUGCAGGUGAUGUUCUUUAUGCCAUGAUUACACGAGCCGACAGAGAUUUAGAGAUUGAAUUGUCAUGUGUUGAUGAGGCGGGGAAAGCUUGUGGAAUGGGUAUCCUUGGUCGCCAUGAACCUGGAACUGUUGGUAAUGCUGGAGGUCGGUCUGGUGGUAUACUGUUACACUGUACACAAGAUUUGGUCAGGCGGUUAGGCAAUCAAGAUGAAUUUCCUCUAUUAAAACUUUUAUCUAAGGUGUAUCCUUUUGAAAUAUUCCUAGGUUCAAAUGGACGAAUAUGGUUAACAGCUGGUUCUGCUAGAGAAAUAAUGAUAUUAGCCAAUGCAAUAGCUAUUACUGAACAUAUAUCAACGAAUGAAUGUUGUCAAUUAGCUAAAGAACUUUGUUAAGUCUUUUUUACAUUUUGAUAAAAUGUCUUUUUUUCUCUUCUUUAAAUUAAAUUUGAAUAUUGUACAUAUUUAUAUUGAUAUUGUACAUUUGUAAGUCUAUUUUGUAUCUAAUAGAUUAAAGUUUACUUUGUUUUAAAAAAAAUUGUUAGUUGAGAAAUAAUACAUGGAAGUAAAGUUAAUUGGAAUUACAAUUUGUAAUGUGAAUUAAAAUAGAAUGUUUC